CUGCUGAAUUUAGUCCUCUAUGUUAUCAUUGUGGUAAACGCGGACAUGUGGUAUAAUAUUUUUAACUUAUUUAUGAGGGGGUAUGAGUUACUUUCAUUACUUCUAAAUUACUUUUCCCGUCUGACAUGAGACUGGUUCCGAGUUCCCCUAACCUAUAGACGUCGACGUGAACGUAUUAAAAAUGGGUACAUCCCAAUGUACGCAGAAUAUAAUUUUGUUCAGACUGGUCGGAUCCGCGACGCUUUGAGUUAGUAUGGUUCUAUUCAGCUCGUUAAUACGCAUCAAACCAAACCAAGGCUUCCGGAUCAGACCACUUAAAUUAGAAAGAAGUCAUGGCUCUGCGGCGAAGGCUUGUCUUUUUGCUGGGGGUUUGCGUGGAACUUCAACUUCUUAUCGUCGGGAGACGGUGACCACUGUACAACAAACUGAGAAAGAGGGAGAAGAAGGCAAAUCAGAAGAGAAAGUGGUUGUUCUUGCUGAAUGGACUUCGAAAACUGGUGGAACUUAUACAGAUGAUGAAUGUGAAACGUCGGAUACUGGAGAAGAAGUUGUUGGUGUUGAAAAAUAAAUUCAUGAAAUUUACAGGAGAGAGAGGUUUU